AUGGGGGACUACAAUGAUAUCCUUGAGCAGUCUGAGAAAGUGGGUGUCAACCAACAUCCGAACUGGUUAAUAGCUGGGUUUAAAGAGGCGGUGGCCGACUCUGGAUUGCAGGAUAUACCUUUCUCUGGGCAUCAGUUUAGUUGGGAAAAGUCGCGGGGCACUGCACAUAUGGUAGAAGAGAAGUUGGACCGUAUUCUGGCUACUGGGAAUUGGCUGAACAUGUUUGAUGGUGCUCGGGCGCAGUCCUUUAUCGUACCAUAUAGUGAUCACCUUCCUCUAGUAAUAACGCCAUCUAUCCAGCCGAGAGUUCAGAAGAAAGCAAUGUUCUGUUUUGAUAUUGUUGGGCAGGACAUCCUAUCCCGUGUGGAGGCGUGUGCAGCUGACAUCUCUAAAUGGGGGCGUGGUUACAAUAGAGAGUUUCAGCCUAAGACUGAAUACGGCUUGCUGAGGCUGGAAAGGUUGAGAUCGCGGCGUGAUAUGCCGUAG